AUGGAAAAUUUCUAUCUUGUUAAUUACCAGUCAAAAUUAGUAAAGUAUCCUUUUUUAUAUAGUAACGGUAGUAUUCUAACAAGAAAAGAUAAAAAACUUUUUAUUGAUGAUAUCUACGUGUCAGAUGAUACAUUUUCUACUAUUUCGUUUUUUAUUAAUUUUGAACAUGAAUUUUUGAUAGUAGAAAAUUUACACAAUCUUUUUCUAAUAAACAAGCAUACACUCAACAUUACAGAUUUAGGAACAUUUAAAGACGAAAUAAAAACUAUUGCUAAUAAUCUAAAGUUUACGCUAGUUGUUACUUGUAAAUCUUUGCUUCUAUUUAGUAAUGAAUAUUUUGAUGUUAUUGGUGAAAUUGAUAAUCCGGGUGAUGUUCUUAAAGUAGAAUUCUCUACAGAUAACACGUUUGUAUUAAUAUUUGACGAUAAAAUAGUAUUUUAUAAUGUAGAAAUGACAUUGUUAAGUAAAUAUAAUAUUGUAUGUUUAUCUGCAUGUUAUAUAGAAAGAUAUAACUAUUGGUGUGUAGUAAGUCACCAUAAAAUAACUUUUAUCGAGGAAAAUGGUUGUGUGUAUAAUAAAAUAUCUCUAAAAGAAUCUUUUAGUAUCGAGAAAUGCUAUUCUAAAGAUUUUUUGUUAUUAUUAGCUUGUAAAGAUUCAGUUAUUAUUCUACAGUUAGUAGAUGGUAACUGGCGAACAAAGCAUAUCUGCAAAAUAAGAGGAAGAUUUAUAUCAUAUUAUAAUGACAUAAUUAUUAGUGAAACAGAUGACUCUUUGUUUUAUUAUUUUAUAAAUAGAGAAUAUACAAGAAUUGGAAAUCUUUUUCUUGUUAUUGAUUAUAACAGUAUUCUUGUUUACAAUUUUGAUAAAAAUAAAUUGGCAUGUCAUGAUUUUUUAAUUAAUUUUAAAAAACCAAUACAAAGAAUAAUGAUCGAUAGAGAAGAAAUAGGUAUACUUUUUGAUAAUGAAAUGUUUAUUUUUAGUAUUGAUUUCAAUUUAUUAGAAAAGAAACAAAAUAUGAAUAAAUUUUAUAAUGGCAUUUGUAUGUUUAAUAAACAAGUUAUUUGCAGUGAAGAGGAUAUAAAUAUGCAUAAUAUAGAUGGAAAAAUAUUACGUGUUAGUAAAAACGGAGAAAUUUACAUGUUUGAAGAUAAUAAUAAGAAAACUGUAUUAUUUACAUAUUCUUCUAUUUCAAAAGAGUAUUUUUUAAUGUAUGUAAAUAAUGAACUUUAUUUUUUAUCUGAUAAUACAUUAUACACUUCUACACAUAAAAUAUCGAGUGUUUUUUCAUUCUUUGUAUCUGAUAUAUUAGUUUAUUCUAAAGAAGAUAAAAUAUUUAUAGAUGAUACAUACAUUGUUACAGAUACGAAUUUUAAGAUUCUAGGUACAACAGACUUAGAAAUAUUUGGAAUUAGUAGGUUUAAUUCUAUAGACACGUAUUAUAACAGAAAUUUUAUUAAAAAACAAAUAUCUAAAUAUUUUUUAGCAGAAGAGUAUACUAAGAGUAUUGAUAUGAUGUUAAAGCAUAAUAUAAAAAUAGAAUUAAUUAAUAUUAAUACACAAAAGAUAAAAGAAUUAGAAAAUAAAUAUUUAUUUUUUAUUAUUGAUGAAAUAACAAAAGAUUACAAAUUGGUCUUAGACAGUGAAUUUAUUUUUAUGAUACAGAAUAUGACCUUAUGUACUGAUUUAUCUGCUAUAAAAUGCAUUAACGAAAAAAGUAAUUCUGCGUUUAUUUUUAAAGAUACAUGGAUUUCAACUCAAAAUUUGUUUGAGCAUAAAAUUGAAAAUUGUUUUAAUAAAAAGCUUGUUUCUUUUGUAAAGGGCAGUUCUGUGAAAAUAGAAUGCAAAAAGACAGAAUUGAUACAAGAAUUUUUGAAUAUAUUUGGAUCAGAUAUUAGAGAAUACAUUUUUAUAAAAUGCGGUCGUAUCGAUUUAGCUAUUUUAUAUUCUAAAAAUUUAGAUUUAUGCAUAAAAAUGUGUAAAAAUUAUUUUUCAAAAGAAGAAAUAAAAAUAGGAUUAAUUCUUUGCUAUAAACAUAAAAAAGAUCUUAAUUUAGUAAAAAAUGUUUGUAAGUUAAUCAAUGAAGAUGUAUAUUUGAUAAAUGAUAUAGAAAAUGAUUUUUAUAAAAUAUUAGAGAUAUACAAGUUAUAUGACGAAUUAAUAUAUUAUUUUAUUGAACAAAAUAUGUAUAAUGAUUUAUGUCGAGUGGUAAAAAAAUAUAAUUUAUAUAAAAAAUUACUGAUUUAUAUUAUUAUUUUGGAAAAUCCUGCACCUUUUAAUUUACUCGAGCUUUAUAUUUCAGGAUCUUCCAUUAAUGAUAAUAUAUGGAUAUUACAGUAUCUUAAAUAUGAAAAGCGUCUUUUAGACUUGUAUUUAGACAAUGACAUGUAUAAGGAAAUAUUUUUGAAUGAGUCGGCUGAUAAAUACAAACAAAUUUUGAUUAAUAAUUUAAAAAACAAAAACAAAUUUUAUGAAUUGGGUAUAAUUUACGAACAAUACAUUAAAGAUUAUGAACAGAGUCUUUCAUAUUUUGUACAAAGUGGUAGUAUAGCAGAUAUAUAUAGAUUAUAUAAAAUUUCUUCUAUUAAACCUGAUUUAUUUAAUGUUAGCAUUAAACAAUACACUUUGAUUGACAAGAUUUUAAAAAAAUUAAUUAAAUAUAAAAAUAGAUUAAAAUGUAUCCAAAAUGAUUUAGAAGAUGAUGAUUUUUCUGUUACAAGUAUUUGUCAAACAAAUAGGGGCAUACCUGGUAAUCUUUAUGAAUAUGAAUUUUAUUUAGAAAAAAUUAAUGGUUUACUUGCACAAAUUGUAAAAUGGAUUAAAGAAUGCCAAAUGAUAUUAGAAAUUUAUUAUAAUGCUGAUUUGAAAUUAAAAAUUGAGGAAGUAAAACAAGAGAUAAUAGGUAUUGAAGAUUUUUUUAAUGUUAGUUAUGAGCGAAGUAAAGACAAGAUAGAAUGUUUAAAUUUUUACGAUACAAUAAAUUAG